GACGGACAAUGUUCAGCUCCUGUAGCUCUUCCCUCCCUCCAUCUCCCCCACACAUCCUCUCUUCCUCCCUGUGAUUUGUGAAGUAAGCUUGGAUGCCUGGUAGUGCAAGCAAAGCAAGCACAUACGAAACUAGUAUUUUUCUUAGCCUCUCUCUCCUUCAUCUCUCUGUUAUGACAACAAGCCCUUCUUCACCUCAGACAUAACUCUCCCUCACUCACAUCCCUAACUGCCUCCCUCCAUAACUCUCAAUAUUUUGUUUCCUUUUAAUUUUCAUUGCCAUGUUGGAAGCAUCAAAGAUUUGAGGAGAGACAGACAUGCAUGGGCUCCUCCGGUCCUCCCUCCCUCCCUUUCCCUCUCUGCAUGCCCUCCUGAUCGAUUUGAUUAGCCCUUGAUACACUGCAACUGCAAGUCCAAGUAGCAGCGCAGGACAGGAGCUGGAAGCAUCUUCUUGCGGAGGAGUGAAGCUACGACGACGAUCAAGGCCGGCCGGGAGGAUCACAUGGAUCUUUCUGGGGCGCAGGGGGAGCUGCCAAUGCCAAUGCCAAUGCACGCCGCCGCGCCGCCGUACCUCGGUCUGCAGCACCAUGAGCACCACCACCACCACGCUGGCUCUAAUGGUCGGCAUCUGUCGCCACCUGCGUCUCCGGCGAUGGCAGCUUCCGGCGCUGAGGAGGAGUACACCAAGAACCGGCAGCUCGUGGCGGUGGUGCCCGCCGGAGCCGGGGGAGGGGCGAGGUACCGAGAGUGCCUGAAGAACCACGCGGCGACCAUCGGCGGCAGCGCCACGGACGGGUGCGGGGAGUUCAUGCCGGCCGGCGAGGACGGCUCGCUGGACGCGCUCCGGUGCUCCGCCUGCGGGUGCCACCGCAACUUCCACCGCAAGGAGACGGACGGCGCCGGCUCGCGGCACAUGCACCACCACCACCACCUCAUGGGCCCGCUGAGCCCGCUCGCCGCCCACCGCGGCGGCCUCCUGAUGGCCGCGCACGCUCCGCCAACGCGCAUGGUGAUGCCCCUGAGCGCCAUGCAUACCUCGGAGUCCGACGAGGCGGCGCGGCCGCUGGCGCCGGCCCGGAAGCGGUUCCGGACCAAGUUCACGCCGGAGCAGAAGGCGCGUAUGCUGGGGUUCGCCGAGGAGGUCGGUUGGCGGCUGCAGAAGCUGGAGGACGCCGUGGUGCAGCGCUUCUGCCAGGAGGUCGGCGUCAAGCGCCGCGUCCUCAAGGUGUGGAUGCACAACAACAAGCACACCCUCGCCCGCCGCCACCACCAGCUGCAGGACCACCACCAUCUGCCCGGCGCCGGCGUUGAUCAUGGAGACCCCUCCUGCGGCCGGAGCACCAGCCCGAGCCCGCCGCAGCUCCGGCUCGAGUAAAACCGACAUCGAGAAUUGAUUCGAGAUCGUUUACCGUUAAUUCUUGCUGAUCAUUCUAGCUUAGCUGCAUUGCAUCCCACUGUUCCAUCAGAAAAUGAUGCUUAAUCAGUUUCCUGGCUUCGAUCUUGUUCCUUUUUCUUCUUCAUUCUAUCGUGUCUAACUAGGUGUCUAGUGUUUCAGUAGCUUAAUUAAUUGAGGCUGUGAAGUGAGUUACUGAUUGGUCAGUAGUUCUCCUCCUGACAGUUUGAGUUACUACCUCAAUGUGGGGUGAGGUGAAACUUAAUCGCUUGUUCAUGUGUUGUAGCUUUCAUCAUGUUCACUGUUCAUGAUA